CAGAAGUAAGAAGAAGAAUUAACCUCUUUUAUAGUCACAACGUGUUUUGUUUGUUGUUUUCUUACAAUCUAUAAAGAUGGGAAAAAUUAAAAAAGAACCUGUCGAAGAUAGUAUAAAAGAAGAACCAAGUGAUGAAUUGACCUACGAAGAAAAAGUAGCUAAUUGUAAUGCAAUUUCUAAACCCAUGGCUUCCAAAAAAUUAACGAAACGCUGCUACAAGUUGGUGAAAAAAGCUAUGAAACAAAAAACGUACAUCAGAUGCGGUUUAAAAGACGUACAAAAAAGGCUGAGGAAAGGAGAAACUGGUAUUGUGCUUUUUGCUGGAGAUAUUUGGCCAAUUGAAAUAAUGUGUCAUUUACCAAUUGUGUGUGAAGAUAAAAAUAUUCCAUAUGUAUUUGUACCUAGUAGGAGAGAUUUGGGUGGUGCUAUGGGUGUGAAAAGAGGAUGCUUAACUGUUUUAAUUAGAGAACACCAAGACUAUAAAGAUUCGUUUGAUGCACUAGCAGAAGAAGUUAAACAUUUAGGAGUAGCUUUAUAAAAAUUACCAAUUUUUUAAUAUAACUGCAAUCAUUAUGUAUUCUUGAUUAUAUGCUAGAGAGCAUUAACGUUAUAGUUAUGAAACUUUUCUAAAGACAGUAGAGUUUUUUGUAUAAAUAUAAUUUCAACUUGG